AUGGCUCAAUCCGGCCCCGCAGAUCAAAUGAUCAACUCACAGGCGGGAGUCAAGUAUUGGCAAGAGACCGAAGCCUCUGAUAACGGCAUGCUCGGCGGUGUGCUUGGGGUUGCCGGCUUUGCUUCCGUAUCUAGGAUCGACCUGCAAGGGUCCCGGACCUUUCUUGCAAGGCUGGGUAUCGGUGCUAAGCGCGGCCGGAAUCUGGUCGCGACGGCCCUGGAUGCUGGCGCUGGGAUUGGCAGAAUCACCGAAGGAUUGCUCCUCCAUGUCGCCGAGCAAGUCGACAUCAUCGAGCCCGUGUCUAAAUUUACAGAUCCUUUGAAAGAUAAGGCCGGUGUGCGGCACAUAUUCAACGUCGGCGUGCAAGCCUGGCAACCCCCCGAGGGUGUUACAUACGACUUAAUUUGGACGCAAUGGUGCCUGGGUCACGUUACAGAUGACCAGAUGGUGGAGUAUCUGGAGCUUUGCAAAAGCGUCUUGACGCCGAACUCUGGUGUCAUUGUUGUCAAGGAAAAUCAAAGCACUGCUGGUGCUGACAUGUUUGAUGCAACGGACAGUAGUCUGGUCAGGGAAGAUGGUACAUUUCUUCGACUGUUUGAACGGGCUGGUUUGAAGCUGAUCAAAUCGGACAUGCAACGCGGAUUUCCAGAAACGCCCACGAGAAGGCUAUUUCCAGUUAAGAUGUAUGCCCUCAAGCCAGCUUCAUAG